AUGCAGUGAAUUUAAUUUUGUUAGUUUGCUCUUAACUUUAGAUGAUGGUAGACGCGUUGUGUUAAAAUAAGAAUUAACCUUUUAACUUCCUCGGUGGCUGAAAUAUGAAAAAUGGCUGGAAUAUGUGGACGAUUAUAUCAUUUUGUUGCCUCGUGUUUGUAGGGGUACAAGGAGAGCCUGGUCCAGAGCUAUGGCGUUUGGAGGCGUCGACUCACCAUAGGAUAGUGAGGGACCUGGAGGACUCUGGUGAUGUGGAUGUGUGGGGUCAUAGCCAGGACCAUGCACAGGUGUUGGUAGAGCCCGAGGCGAAGAGCCGGGUAACUCGGGCGCUGGAGGAGGCAGGGAUCAGUCACUUGGUGGAGGUGGAGGAUGUGUUGGGGCUGGUGGAGGAACAGAGAGCCCAAAGGAGGAAGAGAAGCACCAGAAGUAAACGAGCAGCACAAGCCCUGGACUGGAACAGCUACCAUGACAUGAACGACAUUGAAUCUUUCAUUAACUGGGUGAACGUGACGGGCGGCGACUUUGUUCAGGUGAUCCCUGCCGCCGUCACAGAGGAGGGUCGUCAGGUCCUCGUUGUCCAUGUGUCUGACCCCACUGUUCCUGAACCCAAAAAGAAGAUCUGGAUAGAAGGAGGUAUCCACGCCCGUGAGUGGAUCUCACCUGCCGUCACCACCUACAUCCUGUAUCAGCUGGUGACUGAGUGGCGCGACAUGUUGCAGGUGACAGACUGGUAUAUUGUCCCUGUGGCCAACCCUGAUGGCUACCAGUACACCUUCUCUGAUAACAACAGGGCCAGGAUGUGGAGAAAGAACCGUCGCAAUAACCAUGCUCGUAAUGGACGCUGUAAGGGAGUUGACUUGAACCGCAACUGGAACCUCAAGUGGGGUGUUGGCGCGUCAAGUGACCCCUGCAGUGAGACCUACAAGGGCCCCGUCCCCUUCAGUGAGCCUGAGACCGACGGCCUCCAGAAAGUUAUGACGUCCAUCGGGGACAUGGACCUCUUCAUCACCUUCCACAGUUUUGGCCAGACAAUCCUCUACCCCUGGGGAUGGACUAACAAUGCUCCUGCCAAUGCCAAACAACUCAACCAUCUGGCUAAAAAGUUUGCUGAUAAAGUGAAAGACACAUCUGGAGGGAAGAUUGAUUACAAGAUAGGCGGGUCAGGGCCUCUGUAUGGCUUGGCCUCAGGAGCCACCGACGACUGGGCCUACGGAAGACUGGGUGUCCCAUUCUCCUACACCAUUGAGCUGCCUGAUGAAGGGAGACACGGCUUUCUCCUGCCUGAAAACCGCAUAAGCAGCACCGUGAUCGAGACAGCAGCUGGCGUACAGUGUAUGGUCAGUUACCUGGCCAAUUUUGGGUCAUGUGCACGUCGCAAAACCCGAACUAGACAGCCAAUCGUUACCCCAAGACAGCAGAACUACACCCCCGGACAACUGAGUUUUGCCCCCAGACAGGAGAACUUAAACCCCAGAGAGCAGAACUUUACCCCCAGAGAGCAGAAUUUUACCCCCAGAGAGCAUAACCUUACCCCCAGACAGCUGAGUUUUAUAUCCAGACAGAAUCAUGCUCUCUUCAGAGGGUGAUCUUCAUGUAGCACUCAACUCUCAAGGUUUUGUUUACCUUAACAAACAGUCUGAGUCUAUAAAAUGAGGUUGAAAAUUUUUUUUCAUGACGUCUUCCAAUCUCACAGAUCUACUUCUGUCAAAUUAUCAAUUUGUAAAUGAUGCAAAAUGGAAGAGUUUAAACCAGUGCAUGAGUUGGACCCACUUCUGUUUUCUCUUAGUGGAGUUAACUUCAGAGAUAAGACUAAUUUGGCAUUAUUAUUUUAUUGUUCUUUGGAACGCAGAUACUGUACAGUAUUUAACUUGUACAAAAACCAGUGUGUGGAAGGUAAUCAUGGAAAACCAUUAGAAGAACCAUUAGUAGUGUUACAGGGAUGAUACCCACCACACAGGCCUGGUACAGAGCAGCUCUAUGCCUGGCCCAGGAUUUUCAAUGAUUCGCUGUAAUAUUCUUUCCCUUAACUGGGUAUUAGAUAACAUAUCUACAGUACUUACAACACUCUCAGUGCAAAUUUGAUGUCAUUUUGGACACUAACUUUGUAUUGAAGAUUAAAUGAACUAGGAAUGUGCUGUGACACUUCCAGUUAAGGAAAUAGUUAAGUAUGAACCUUUGAGAAUCUGGUGUAGUACGACUGUAAUGAGUAUAUUCUCAGUUUUAGGAUUUGGCUGAGGGAAUUUGUUAUGCUUUCAAGUGUAUUACUACUUAGGUUUUGUUAUUAUUUCAUUAUAAUUGUAUUUAUAUAAAGUUUUGAUGAAAUAUAUUACUGUACCUGUACUAUGGUACCAAGAGAGGAGUGUCAGAGUGAGCAUUAUACAACACACUGAGCAGUUCCCAGCUGAGAUAUUCACACAGGUGACUGGUCAUAUGGCUGGGCCAUGCUCAUACUGGUCCAAACUUCCUCAGGAUUGGGUCACAGUCGUAAUGUUUGGUUACAAUCAAAGUAAUCAUUUAGGUAAAUAAUUAUUUAAUGUUUAAAUAUUCUGUUGAUUCAGUGAUAAUUAUCAGCACCUUCUAUAAAUACAUUGUUACAUAAGAAUAAAGCUUUAAUGAUAAAAUUAUUUCUAAUGUAUAGCGAUUUACUUUUUGAAGUGUUUAGUAUUUUUUAAGUUAUUAUGGUAUAUUGUUGGAACGUAGCGUGUGUACCUCACCGUUCACUACUCUUAGUUCAGACUUGCCGUAGUGUAGACCUGCAGGUUGGUAGGUUGUAACACUCGUCAGUCAUUAGUUAGCACAUUAUGAACUUGACAUGUGAUUGGCCAGCUGAUGAUGGACAUGACGCCUGUGGGCCGUCUACCUCACUUACAGCAUUAAGGCCCAGUCUACCUGGCUUCCUAUUAAACUGUGUCAUCUUCA